AUGUCUGUUACAAGAUUAUUGGAAAAGGUCAGAGUAUAUUUAACAAGAAAACCACUGCCAUCUUUGGAAGAAAGGAAGAAAUAUGAUUAUGAAUUUGCAACUUCUACCUCAUUCCAUGGAGUGCAUAAUAUUGUCCACACCACGAGCAAGACACGAAAGGUCCUAUGGAUGUUAAUUGUUGUGGGCUCAAUUGUCCUUGUUUCCUGGCAAAUCCGCAACCGUUUCAUCAAUUAUUUCAGUUGGCCCACCACCACAUCAGUGGUAGUGCAGUAUGUAGAAAACAUUGAGUUUCCUGCUGUAACUUUUUGUAAUAUGAACAGGUUCCAAACCCAAGCAGUAGCUAACCUGGGCAUCAUUGUCUUCUUGUGGAGCAUUGUGUCUGAGGUUCUUCAUAUGUUUCAUAGCAGUGGCAAAUUUGGUCAAGAGCUAUCCAAGUUCCUUCAAGGCAAUCAGAAUUUCAGCAUCAAAGAAUUUACAAGGACGAAUGGAUUCUAUCUGAAUGCCAGCACGUUACUGAAUUGUGAAUUUUUUGGCAAGCCAUGUUUCCCAGAGGACUUUCAGCAUGUGUUCACAGAAUACGGAAACUGCUUUACUUUUAAUCAUGUUAAUGUUCCAGCAAAAAGAAGAGUGACUCUUUCUGGAAGAGGCUUGAGUUUACUUUUUGAUGUCAAACAGGCACAGUUCACUGAUGAUCCUGCUCUUGGAUUUGUUGAUACUGGCAUAACCUUUGCCAUUCAUUCACCAAAAGAACCUCCUAGAUUUGAUGGUUUAGGUAUAGCUACACCAGUAGGCAUGCAUGCUCAUGCUGCCAUUCGUCAGGUAAAGACAGUCAUUCAGGAAUAUCCUUGGGGAGAAUGUAAUCCAAACAUCAAGCUUCAGCAUUACAAGAGCUAUAACACCUAUGGAUGUCUUCAAGAAUGCAAAGCUCGGCAUAUACAGAAGUGGUGUAAUUGCCUACCAUUCAUGCUACCAGGAAAUGGCACUGAAUGUGACAUGGAAAGAUUUUAUGACUGUGUUUCUCCUGCGUUAUAUAAAAUAGAAAUUAUGGGAUUGUGCUCAUUAGGAACUCACAAUUCCACUUGUCCAGUGCCUUGUGAGGAAACGGAGUACCCAACCACCAUCUCCUAUUCAACCUUUGCAAGUGAAAAAGCAUUGAAAUAUCUUUCUGCAAAAUUGAAGAUAACAAAAGAAUAUAUCAGGCAUAAUCUUGUAUAUAUUGACAUUAAAUAUCAUGAUUUGAAUUAUAAAAUGACCCAGCAACAAAAGGCAUUAAGUGCAUCUGAGCUGCUUGCUGAUGUUGGUGGCCAACUGGGCUUAUUUUGUGGAGCCAGCGUCAUUACAGUGAUUGAAAUUGUGGAAUAUAUUUUCACAAACUGCUGUUGGAUGUGUGUCUUUCUUCUUCUGAAAGCACCAGAGAUGCCAAAUUGGAAUGCUUCAAAUGAAAAUCAACAAGUACAGAAGAGAAGGAUACAAGAAUGUUGAGGGCUUGGAGAGAAAGGAUGAAAGACACAUCUCUCUGUUCUAUAAAUGGCACUCAUCUAGAAAAUUAAACAAGGUAGAACUAUGCAAAUUGGGCAUUUAAUGCUCCACAUUUGAACACUAACCUUAUUGUGUGGAGGUGUAUAAUGGAGGCAGAUCUUGAUAGAGUUACUUCUGGAUUAUUCUUCCCAUAAACCUUUAGCCAGUAUGAGGAAUUCUGAGAGACAUCAUCCAAAAAUGUAAUCCCCCCCCCCAUUUCUGUGUUAUGGGGCAACGCAACGCAUGAAGAAGGAGAUAUCUGUUCAUGAAAAAAUCUCUGUCCUUCAGACCAUGAACUUGCCACAAAAUAUGUAAAGGUAAAGGUUUCCCCUUGACAGUAGGUCUAGUUGAUGCUGACUUCAGAAAGUGGUGCUCAUCUCCAUUUCUAAGCCGGUGUUGUCCAUAAAUGCCUCCUAGGUCAUGUAGUGGGCAUGACUGCAUGUAGUGCCAUUACCCACCUAUUUAUCUACUCACAUUUGCAUGUUUUCAAACUGCUAGGUUGGCAGAAGCUAGGGCUGUCAAUCAAAGCUCACCCCGUUCUGCGGAUUUGAACCGCCAAGCUGCUGUUUAUCAACUGCGGUUCAAAAACUGCGCUAUCGCGGCCCCAUCACAAAAUAAAAAAUCAGAAUCUAUCAGUCUCACAAAAUUUGGGAUUAAUAAAUGUUUUGCUCUCAAAAGUAGACGUGAAGUUCAACAAUUUAUAUCAAAGAAUGAAUUACCUCUCUCUUUGCAUAAACCACAUAGUGGUGAGCGUAGAUCACCAAUG